AAUCAAUUCUCACUUUUACACCCUCCUUGAAACCUGCGAUAGUAUCUUACCCGUAACUUGAUAUUAAACUUACUUUGCAAUUAUUCUUCUUUCGAAACGAACACAACACGACGAGUAAAUGCGAAGGUACUCCAGAGUAAUGGAUGAGGAGAGGCUGGUACAGCCCGGCCUGUCAACCAUUUACACUGGAAAAAACCCUCUUAUCGACAUUAUAGCGGUUGACGGUCCCGAUGAAGACGUAUUUGAAUCCUUUACAUCCAAAAAUGGAACAUUCUGGCUUGAAGAUAAAGAUAUGCUCCCAAAAGAUAUCCCAAGCUGCCGCAUUCUCACAUUCAGAUAUUCUACGUCUCAUUACUCAGAUCCUGCAAUAGUGCUGGUAGAGGAUCUAGUUGCUGAUCGCGAUGAGAUUUCCAAGAGAAGACCAAUUAUCUUUCUCUGUCACUCAUCAGGAGGAACACUUGUUCGGGAUGCACUAGCAUACUCCGAGAGCCAUGAAGGCAGAGAGAAAAGAACAGAAUCUACCCGCUCAAUUUGUGUCUCAACAUUUGGCCUCCUCUUGUUUGAUGAUGGGAGCUUACUGAAAACGGGGUUAAAGCUUCUCCAAAUCAUUCCCAACAACUUUCAAAAGUUCUGCGAUCACAUUGCUUCGGAAGCGCCAUACUCGAGUGCUGACUCUAGAUCAGAGGACAUCUCUGAAAUCCUUGGAUACAACAGAAUAACAGAAGAGCACCAAGAUAAAUGCAAGUUUUCCUCUCGAGCCUCGUCAGGAUAUAAGAAGGCCGUGCAGACCUUGCUACAGUAUUCUGAUGAAGCAUCUCGUGCAAUCCCAUACAGAUGGGAAGUAAAAGGAUACGGUUCAUGAUGAGAACUUUCAAUGUUGGGGGGAUAGAAUCCGGGGCAGACAGGAAGAUACUCUUUAUAUAAUAAGCUAUUAAACAUCUGUCAUAGAAGUAUCCGGAGACGGCGGACUUCAGGAUAGCCAAUGGCAUCCGCUUUGCUUGAAUAUCAAAGAAAAGAUUAAUUGAUGGAAAAUCUCAGUCCCGAAUAACCUGGGACAAAAAUACGAUGCGAC